UGGAAACGGCGUUGGAUUAACUGAAAGAACGCCAUUACCAGGACUGAUACAUGCAAUUCAGCCUCCUGUCUCGCCCAAACUGAAACUGAUUUGAAUUAUUGUGUUGUACCAACACAAAGCUUUUGAUUGGCUGACUGUCAGUGAGGGAAUAUUAAACUUCUCCAUGUUUGUAGGCCAUGUAUGGUUUCACAUCUGGACCUCCUGUACAGUCUAUUCCUGCGUUUCUGACUAAACUAAAGUUACUGGUGGAUGAUGAGGAAACAAACGAUCUCAUAUAUUGGGAUCCGGUAAGAUUAGGUUUAAUUAAUAACUUCGUUCAGCACGGGACAAGCUUUCACAUACGUGAUGGAAACCGCUUAGCCAAAGAAUUACUACCCCUUUAUUUCAAACACAACAAUUUAUCUAGUUUCAUAAGGCAGUUAAAUAUGUAUGGUUUUAGAAAAAUAAAUCGUGUGGAUCCGUCUCUUCCUUUAAAAUCUGACACUGAAGACAUGGAAUUCAGUCAUCCUUACUUCAUCCGCAAUAAAGAUAUUUUGCUAUCCAAAAUUCAGAGGCGGACCUCAAACAUGUUCUCGCCAAUACUGGGAUCAAGAAAUCAAAGUUUUGGUGUGAAAGUACCUUAUGUUCAAACUAAUUCGGGUUUAAAUGGUUCCAUAAGUGUAUCACCCCAAAGACCAAUAACUGCCACAGACUUCUUAAGAUUGGCAGAGACUGUACGGCACUUGCGUUGUAAUCAGGAGGCUUUAAGUCAACAAAUUAGUGUGUUAAAGUCGGAAAAUCAGCUUUUGUAUCGUGAACUUUCUGAUUUACGAGAACAUCACGACAAGCAAUCCCAACUUAUUCAGACACUCUUCACAUUCCUGUCAGCAUUUGCAAAGGAAGGGAGGUCUGCAAGCGUGUGCAUCGGACAGACAAAACGUAAAGCUCUUCCUUCUAUUACUCCAUCCGGUUCAAGAUUUCAAAACAAAGAACUAAAGCUGGAUCUUCGAAAAGGUUUCCAAAUUGAAAGAAACUCUGUUCAACCACUUCAACUUGUCCAAACUAGUGAUUUGCUCGGACCACAUAAGCGCCCUAAAUUCGACUUACGAAAUUUGUCUGCAAAAAUAGGCAAUACAAGUUCCGGUGCAAAUAUUACUGACCAGAUUUCAGAUAUUGGAUCAGUUGUUCAUAUUCUCCCUUCAAAUCUUCAGCUUACUCCAGUGAAUCUUGGUAAUGACGGUAAAUAUGUAUACUCUUUAACUGGUUCAUCACAAGAGUGUGACGUAAAUAGUCAAAGUUUGGUUGAUAAAAAUCCUGCGAAUGUUCAAGAUGAACCGAGAUACUAUUUGUCUAAGGUGGACGAUAAUUUCAUGCAUCCCACAAAUGAUGAAGAGUUUCCUGUAGGCCUUAAUAUUGAGGAAGACGGUGUUACAGAUGUGAAUAAUUCUAUUUUAGAGUUAAACUGGCCAUGUAGUAGGUCAGAUACGCCUUACUGUCUAACUGAUUCUCCUGGCUUGAGUGACGUAAUACCUUCAAAGUUAGAUGGUGUAACAGACGAAAGUAUUUGUGACCUGCUUCUUAACUGUGACUCACAAACCGAACAAGUAGUCGGUAACAAUCAGUCUCUCCCAGAGUCUACCAUUUCAAAAUACACGAAGGAGCCGAUAAGAAAACAGCAUAAAAUUCAGAACAGACCCCGUUGUAUCGUACCUUUUUCAGAAAGCGACCCUCAAUUUACUUCCACAACUCUCCAGGACAUUGACAGUCUUCCAUGGGAGAAGUAUCAAGAUAGUGGUUUUGACUUUAACCUCGAUGUUGAACAAAAUCAAACAGAAAAUUCAAGCAGUUCUUCAAAUGGUCUUAUAGUCGGCAAUGAAAUUAUUCCGGUAGAACCCGUUAAUUUAAACGCAUGUGAUGAUGUUAUCCAGUUCUUGAGGUCAGAAAUUCCUGACAAGAAGUUAAAAUCAGAUGAACCAUUAAAAACUCUUGCAACGACUGAGGCACAAGCCUCUACUCAAAAUGGUGCUAUUGAUUUAACAAGCAAUUCAUCUGCGCCAACUACCUGGAAAGCAAGACUUUCUGCCAACAAUCGGCUCACAAUAUCCGCCUCUCCCAAAGUUAAACGAAAACAAGUACCGGUUUUGAUCCGCAGAAAAUCAAUCACCCCUCUUUCAACUCCUGAUUUUUGUGAGGAAGAAUUGGAAUAAUGUACAAUCCAGUGCUCUUCAUUUCAUUGUAAUUCCUACACAGAGUAGUUUCCCAAAGAAUUUCUUCACGAUAAAGAUUCGCCAAAGUAAUAUAUCAUGAACCGCUUCUACGAAACCAUUUUUUCCCACAUAAAAGUUUUCUUGUAAGCUCUCAUAAACAGCGAGUUUCAUGAUCAUGUUGGACGAAUACGAAUUUAAUGACCAUACACGAUUGUUUUUUCGAUGAAUAACCAAGUUUUAAACAUUUCUCCAGUGUGUUUAUUGAUUAGUCCUAUCUGUUCAUGCAGAUUUUAAUAUAUUGUGUUUCACAAAGUAUAAAGACGGUGUAUCAGAUUCUAUUAAACAAUAAUUAAUAUCGACAUUUUUUUCUGCUUCUCAUCUAUUUUUAGAUGUAAUCAUUCAAAGAAAUUAGAUUAUGCUUUCCUUACAAUAAUUCCUUAGUUAGAGCAGACUCAAAUUACAGUUCGUAUCCUGAUUGUUAUUAUUCAAAGUUAUCCGUCUUCUAGUCGAUAGACAUUAUAAACUGUCCACUUCAAUUGGUUGGUAACAGAAUUCUUUUAAGUUAUAAAAAUUGCGAAAAUAUUAUAUAUAAUGAUAAUGUAUGGAACUGUCCAGUGGACG